AUGGCUAACAAAACACCAUUUCCAACUGUGGACAAAUGUUCAUCCACCGGCAGGGAUAAACACACGGUGGUUACCGACAUGGACGGAACCUUGCUAAGAGGUCGUAGCUCUUUCCCUUACUUUGCUCUCAUAGCUUUUGAAGUGGGUGGGAUUAUAAGGCUCCUUUUCUUGCUUUUGGCUUCCCCACUUGCUGGUAUCCUAUAUUACUUCAUCUCGGAGUCUGCCGGAAUAAAAGUCCUUAUCUUCGCCACUUUUUCCGGCAUGAGGGUCUCCGAUAUCAAGUCGGUGGCACGUGCUGUGCUGCCGAAGUUUUACUGCGCCGAUCUGCAUCCGGAGUCGUGGCGGGUGUUUUCUUCGUGUGGAAAGAGGUGUGUUCUCACUGCCAACCCUAGGAUUAUGGUGGAACCUUUUUUGAAGGAUUUUCUUGGAGCUGAUAUGGUGUUGGGGACUGAGAUUUCGACGUUUAAAGGUCGAGCAACGGGUUUUGUUCGACAUCCGGGAGUACUUGUUGGGAAGAACAAGGCAGAUGCUAUGAAGAAUACUUUCAAAGAGGCACAGCCUGAUAUUGGUCUUGGUGAUAGACACACGGAUAUUCCUUUCAUGGCAUUAUGCAAGGAGGGAUACAUGGUAGCACCCACACCAGAAGUAAAAGCAGUGAAAAGUGACAAGCUCCCGAAACCCAUUAUCUUCCACGAUGGUCGUCUCGUCCACAAGCCAACACCUCUCAUGGCUCUCCUAACCAUUCUCUGGAUCCCCAUAGGCUUCCUUCUGGCCUGCUUAAGAGUCGCCGCCGGCUCUCUCCUCCCCAUGCCCAUCGUCUACUAUGCCUUUUGGGCUCUCGGUGUUCGUGUCACCAUCAAAGGAACACCACCGCCUCCGGCCAAAAAAUCCACCGGUCAGUCCGGCGUCCUCUUUGUCUGCUCUCACAGAAGCCUCCUAGACCCAAUCUUCCUCUCAACCGCAUUAGGCCGCCCCAUCCCCGCCGUCACUUACUCGGUUUCCCGCCUCUCCGAAAUCAUUUCCCCAAUCAAAACAGUGCGUUUAAGCCGCGACCGAGCCACCGACGCAUCCAUGAUCAAGAAGCUCUUAGAAGAAGGAGACCUGGCCAUAUGUCCGGAGGGAACAACUUGCCGUGAGCCGUUUUUGUUAAGGUUUUCAGCUCUGUUCGCCGAGCUGACAGACCAGCUGGUUCCGGUGGCGAUGGUGAACAGGAUGAGCAUGUUUCACGGAACAACGGCAAGAGGAUGGAAAGGGAUGGACCCGUUUUACUUCUUCAUGAACCCUAGUCCUGCUUAUGAAGUAAAUUUCUUGAACAAGUUGCCAAUGGAGCUUACUUGCAGUUCAGGGAAAACCAGCCAUGAAGUUGCUAAUUAUAUACAGAGGGUUAUUGCUGCUACACUUUCUUAUGAAUGCACAAGUUUUACAAGGAAAGAUAAGUAUUUGGCUCUUGCAGGGAAUGAUGGAUCUGUGGUCCAGAAACCAGCUGUGAUCAAAGCCAACAAAGUAAUGGGAUGCUGA